UUUGUUUCGAUCUACUACACCGACUUACUCUUAUACCAACUACCGCCCGGCGAAGAAGCAGCGAAGAAGAAGGAGGAGAAGAGCGAAGGAGAUGCAAUCUGGCGGUGGCUAUGGCGGCGUCUCCGAGAUCCAGCAAUUCAUGGUCGACAAUUCCUCUCUCUUCGCUAUCUCCUCCGCCGCAGCCGCAUCCGCCAACACCACUCCUGCCGAUGGCGGCCACGCGCACCACCCUCUUAAGUACCAACCUCAGCAACCGCCGCAGAUGCCGCCGCCUUUCUCCCACUUCAACUCCAUACCCAUCACCCAACAGCUCCUCCACCAGGCCCCGCCUCCGCACCACCAGUACUUCCACCUCUUCCACCCGCCUCCCACGCACCAGCAACAGUACCUCGCGGAGCCACGGCGAUUCAUCCCGGAACACCAACUCGGCGGCGCGGCCAUGGAUCAGGAGUCCUGCCCCGACAACUCGGCGGCCAGCGGCGGCCUUCCGCCGUUCCUCGCGUCCGCGAUGAGCUUUAAGCUCGCCGUCGACGGAGGAAGUCGUGAGAGAAUCAAUGUUGACGAUGGCAGCAUGUUGCGAGGCGACGAUGUAUCGGGGAACCGCCCGCAUCAUUGGCAGAGAGAAGACGACUCCGCCAUUGAAGAACUUCCUUGGAGGCCGCUCGACAUCGACUACAUCGACAGGAACAACAAGAGGUGCAAGGAUAAGGAGGCGGCGACCGGCGGCAGCAACAAUUUCUCCAAGAAGAGAAAAGAAGUGACGGAUUCCGAGCGCGUGGAGGUCGCCGGCGGCAGCAAUUACAAGAUCUUCAGUGAACUGGAGGCCAUCUACAAGCCCGGAAGCAGUGCCAACGUCGGCCAGACUGGCUCUGGAUCUGCUCUCACCGGUGAGGAGACGAUCCCCCCUGUCUUAAACGCCGCGGCCAUGACGCCGCCGCAGGAUGCGGCCGUCGGGGAGACGUCGGCUGGAGAAGAGGCGACUGAAACGGUUAAGUCUUCGCCCUCCACGGGGCGGAGGAGGAGGAGGAGUAGGAGGAAGCGGCGGUUGCAGCAGCUGAGCGCGAUGGCGGCCUUCUUCGAGAGCCUGGUAAAGCAGCUGAUGGAACACCAGGAGGGCCUCCACCGGAAGUUCCUGGAGGUGAUGGAGCGGCGGGAGCAGGAGCGCGCCGGCCGCGAGGACGCCUGGCGGAAGCAAGACGCCGCCAACACCAGCCGCGAGGCGGCGGCGCGAUCCCAGGAGCGGGCCCUCGCUGCCUCCCGCGAGGCGGCGAUCAUCUCCUUCAUCGAGAAGAUGACCGGCCAGCGUCUCCACCUCCCAUCCAACCCCCAACUCUCCAUCGCGGAGGAAUUCAACGCCAUCCAAAUGCCAAAUCGCGACGCCACCGACACUUACUGCGCCGGCGGCAACCAGGCGCCCAAAGACUCGGCGACGUUGAACACAAGCCGGUGGCCCAAGGCCGAGGUGGAGGUUUUGAUCGGCGUGCGAACAGAGCUGGAGGCCCGGUUCCAGGAGCCCGGGCUGAAGGCCCCGCUGUGGGAGGAGGUGAGCGCGGCGAUGACCGCAAUGGGCUACCGACGGAGCGCGAAGCGGUGCAAGGAGAAGUGGGAGAACAUCAACAAGUACUUCCGGAAGACGAAGGAGAAAGCCAGAAACCGGCCGGAGCACUCCAAGACCUGCCCCUACUUCCAAAAGCUCGACCAGCUCUACUCCAACACCAAACAUCCUUCUUCAUCAACCCUCCUGAACUCUCAACUGCUAGAAGCAAUUACAAUGCCGCCGCCCGGCGAGAGCAGCCACCUUGCUACCGGUGACGAAGACGAGGAGCAGCGAAGCAGACAAGAAGAAGAGGAAGAAGAAGACAGCCAUGGAAACGCCGCAAUCCACUGGUAAAUAUUCUUUUCUAUCUUCUCCUUUUCAGAAUUGCUCUCUUCUUUCACCACUAUAAUACCAUCUUUUAGUAAUUUAAUAUUAUUAUUAAUAAUAAUCGAGGGUAGAAUAAUAAUCCUACUGUAGUUUAUGAUAUUAAUGUUUAUGAUAUUAAUAUAUUAAAAUUUUGUAUGGAAUUUCUGGAAGUGUGUGUAUCAUGCAGGGAAUAGGAACAAGAGGCCACUGUAAGCCAUGAGAUGGGCCAUGGAUCUUUAGGUCUUAAUUUAAUUUAAUUAAUUAAGUAAUGUGGAGUGAAAGAGGGUAGUUGCUUGAUCAUGUAGGUUUGCAUGGGAUUUUUUGGGGAGCCCACAUUCAUAUUUGUUUCUAUAUACAGAGUCUAGUUAUCAAUAGCACACCUGUUAAGUUUUUGUAGCAUAUAGAGAGGGUUCUCUGCUAGGACUGUUGUGGAAGGUAAGUUGUUCAUGAAGGUCCUUUUGAGGUUGCAAGAUCAUACCAUAUCGAGAUUAAUCUCCUAAAGGGGUUUCAAUGUAGAAAUUCACUCACAA